GCCGCUCGUUGGAAGCCAUCGACAGAGAAGACAGUGCCGGUUCCAGAGGUCACCCAGACGUGUUUGCUUGACGACUCGCUUUCUUGUGAUUUUCUUUUUACGUUUCUGGUUUUUAAAAUGCAAAGGGCUUUUGGGGGUCCACGCUGAAGCGUAACAAGACUGCAAAGAAAAGCCGCGCGUUGUCAUGGCUGAAGGGGAGCCCGAAGUCCGGUGGGACGGCCUGUGCAGCAGAGACCCCGCCGCGAGGGAGGCGGCCCUGGAGCACGUCCGGCAGGUCGUUCGGAGGAAAACCGAGGAUCUCCGCUCGGGGGGAGAGACGUCCCGCCGGCCGCCAGACGGGCUUUCGGACGCUGUCCCUGCGGAUGGGCUGAAUAAGCUGCUCGCUCACCUGCUCAUGCUCUCCAAGAGGUGUCCCUUUAAAGACGUAAGAGAGAAAAGCGAGCAUAUUUUGAAGAGCGUCCAGGAACUUGGAAUUAGAAUUCCUCGACCACUAGGACACGGACCAAGCCGAUUCAUCCCAGAAAAAGAGAUUCUCCAGGUGGGAAGUGAGGACGCACAGACACACACUUUAUUUGCAGAUUCUUUUGCUGCUUUGGGUCGUUUGGAUAACAUUACGUUAGUGAUGGUUUUUCACCCACAGUAUCUAGAAAGUUUCUUUAAAACUCAGCACUAUCUGCUGCAGAUGGACGGGCCGCUACCCCUGCAUUAUCGGCACUACAUUGGGAUAAUGGCUGCAGCGAGACAUCAGUGCUCCUACUUGGUGAACCUGCACGUCAACGAUUUCCUCCAUGUUGGUGGGGACCCGAAGUGGCUGAACGGUCUGGAGAAUGCCCCUCAGAAACUGCAGAAUCUAGGAGAACUUAACAAAGUCUUAGCCCAUAGACCUUGGCUUAUUACCAAAGAGCACAUUGAGGGACUUCUAAAAGCCGAAGAGCACAGCUGGUCCCUCGCGGAGCUGGUCCACGCAGUAGUCCUGCUCACGCACUAUCACUCUCUUGCAUCGUUCACGUUCGGCUGUGGGGUCAGUCCAGAGAUUCACUGUGAUGGUGGCCACACGUUCAGACCUCCUUCUGUUGGCAACUACUGCAUCUGUGACAUUGCAAAUGGCAAUCACAGCAUGGAUGAGAUGCAUGUCAACUCUGCAGGAAAUGUUUCGGUGAGCGAUCCCUUUCUCGAGGUCGAAGCCCUCAUGGAGAAGAUGCGGCACUUACAGGAAUGUCGAGAUGAGGGGGCAGCGAGCCAGGAAGAGAUGGCUUCACGCUUUGAAAUAGAGAAGAGAGAGAGCAUGUUGGUCUUCUCCUCGGAUGAUGAAGAAGUCACACCAGCAAGAGAUGUAUCUCGUCACUUUGAGGACACCAGUUACGGUUAUAAGGAUUUCUCUAGACACGGGAUGCAUGUUCCAACAUUUCGAGUCCAGGACUAUUGCUGGGAAGACCACGGUUACUCUCUGGUCAAUCGCCUUUAUCCAGAUGUGGGACAGCUGAUCGACGAGAAGUUCCACAUUGCUUACAACCUCACUUACAAUACAAUGGCGAUGCACAGAGAUGUCGAUACCUCGAUGCUCAGACGGGCUAUUUGGAACUAUAUUCACUGCAUGUUCGGAAUAAGAUAUGAUGACUAUGACUAUGGUGAAAUCAACCAGCUUUUGGAUCGUAGCUUUAAAGUUUAUAUCAAAACUGUUGUUUGCACUCCUGAGAAGGUCACCAAAAGAAUGUAUGACAGCUUCUGGAGGCAGUUCAAGCACUCUGAGAAGGUCCACGUUAAUCUGCUUCUUAUAGAAGCUAGGAUGCAAGCAGAACUCCUUUACGCUCUGAGAGCCAUUACCCGCUAUAUGACCUGAUGCCUCGCCACGGGCGGUGACGGAACCAUCAGCAGACGUGCUCCACAAGGGGAAGGUACUAAGCCCCAGGACCAAUGGUAGAUCACCCAGGUGCCAUGACUCCUUUAGUUUCUGCUCUUUCACUGUGGAAAGGCUCCUGCUGGCACGAGCAGCAUGUGCUUGGCAGCUUCCUGUUUAGGCCUGUGAAGACCGGCUGCCAUCCACAGUGUUUCGCUUUUUGACAGUACAAGCUGCUGCAUGACUGUUUUAAGACAGCAGCUAGUAACUCUCCAAAUCUCGUUGCUUUUAUGUCAAAUAAGAACACGAAUUGGAGCAUGCAGAGAACGGGACUUGGAAAAUGACAUAAGCUUUUAUAUAUAAGGAAUUUUAGGUCUUGGUGCUGCUAUUCUUGCUGGUGGGGUGCAGAGUGGCUGUCCCAGUUAAGCUGUCAGCGAUAAAGCGAACACUGCUAUUGUCUGAGCCUACAUAUGUAAUUUGUGUGGUUUCGAAUGAAACUUGCAUAUGUGUUCAUUUUUUUUGCAUCUAAAAACAGAAUUCUUACAGCUCAGCGAAGACCAUUUUGAUGGUAAAGCUCAUUUCUUUCAUUAUAGUUUUUUAAAAUUCAGAACUAUUGAUGACAUUACAGUAGUAUCUUAAAAGAUUUUCUUCAAAAAGCGAUCUUAAAUGAAAGUGUGUAAAUUAUUAGAAAAGCUGGCUAUCUCUGGAUAUGCCAUUUCCCAAAGUUCUCCGACACUGAGGGUAGCUGUCUUGUGCAGUAUUUUUCUUUCUAGCACCAAAGCUGCAGGAAGUGUUGCUGUGGACUGCUGCCCACUGCACAGCCUGGUGCAUUCUGCCCACCUUGUGGUGCCCACUUCACAGGUUAUGCAGCUCCUUAAAUAAUAAAGCUGGAAGAUAUUUUUAAGUCAGGUUAUCAAAUUUGAUUUAUAAAAUGCUGACUUUGAAAUGUAAACAGGUUUGAAAAAUAUUAAGUACUUUGUAUUCUGGAAGUAUGAAUUGCUUUUGAAGUCUGUCAGUAUUAUUGGUAUUUUUCAAUAAAGGAUAGUUUUUCUCCA